AGUGCGCCUCUGCUCCCUUCAGAGCACAGCCUGGUGUCAAGGUCCAGGUUCCACCGGCUGCUGCUGUCACCGCAGGGGAGUCUAGCCCCUCCCAGAAGGAGACACAGAAGAAUGGCCAUCUCAACUGGUUUGUUCCUGCUGCUGGGGCUCCUUGGCCAGCCCUGGGCAGGGGCUGCUGCUGAUUCACAGGCUGUGGUGUGCGAGGGGACUGCCUGCUAUACAGCCCAUUGGGGCAAGCUGAGUGCCGCUGAAGCCCAGCAUCGCUGCAAUGAGAAUGGAGGCAAUCUUGCCACCGUGAAGAGUGAGGAGGAGGCCCGGCAUGUUCAGCAAGCCCUGACUCAGCUCCUGAAGACCAAGGCACCCUUGGAAGCAAAGAUGGGCAAAUUCUGGAUCGGGCUCCAGCGAGAGAAGGGCAACUGUACGUACCAUGAUUUGCCAAUGAGGGGCUUCAGCUGGGUGGGUGGUGGAGAGGACACAGCUUAUUCAAACUGGUACAAAGCCAGCAAGAGCUCCUGUAUCUUUAAACGCUGUGUGUCCCUCAUACUGGACCUGUCCUUGACACCUCACCCCAGCCAUCUGCCCAAGUGGCAUGAGAGUCCCUGUGGGACCCCCGAAGCUCCAGGUAACAGCAUUGAAGGUUUCCUGUGCAAGUUCAACUUCAAAGGCAUGUGUAGGCCACUGGCGCUGGGUGGUCCAGGGCGGGUGACCUAUACCACCCCUUUCCAGGCCACUACCUCCUCUCUGGAGGCUGUGCCUUUUGCCUCUGUAGCCAAUGUAGCUUGUGGGGAUGAAGCUAAGAGUGAAACCCACUAUUUCCUAUGCAAUGAAAAGACUCCAGGAAUAUUUCACUGGGGCAGCUCAGGCCCACUCUGUGUCAGCCCCAAGUUUGGUUGCAGUUUCAACAACGGGGGCUGCCAGCAGGAUUGCUUCGAAGGUGGCGAUGGCUCCUUCCGCUGCGGCUGCCGGCCUGGAUUUCGACUGCUGGAUGAUCUAGUAACUUGUGCCUCCAGGAACCCCUGCAGCUCAAACCCAUGCACAGGAGGUGGCAUGUGCCAUUCUGUACCACUCAGUGAAAACUACACUUGCCGUUGUCCCAGCGGCUACCAGCUGGACUCUAGCCAAGUGCACUGUGUGGAUAUAGAUGAGUGCCAGGACUCCCCCUGUGCCCAGGAUUGUGUCAACACUCUAGGGAGCUUCCACUGUGAAUGUUGGGUUGGUUACCAACCCAGUGGCCCCAAGGAAGAGGCCUGUGAAGAUGUGGAUGAGUGUGCAGCUGCCAACUCGCCCUGUGCCCAAGGCUGCAUCAACACUGAUGGCUCUUUCUACUGCUCCUGUAAAGAGGGCUAUAUUGUGUCUGGGGAAGACAGUACCCAGUGUGAGGAUAUAGAUGAGUGUUCGGACGCAAGGGGCAAUCCAUGUGAUUCCCUGUGCUUCAACACAGAUGGUUCCUUCAGGUGUGGCUGCCCGCCAGGCUGGGAGCUGGCUCCCAAUGGGGUCUUUUGUAGCAGGGGCACUGUGUUUUCUGAACUACCAGCCAGGCCUCCCCAAAAGGAAGACAACGAUGACAGAAAGGAGAGUACUAUGCCUCCUACUGAAAUGCCCAGUUCUCCUAGUGGCUCUAAGGAUGUCUCCAACAGAGCACAGACAACAGGUCUCUUCGUCCAAUCAGAUAUUCCCACUGCCUCUGUUCCACUAGAAAUAGAAAUCCCUAGUGAAGUAUCUGAUGUCUGGUUCGAGUUGGGCACAUACCUCCCCACGACCUCCGGCCACAGCAAGCCGACACAUGAAGAUUCUGUGUCUGCACACAGUGACACCGAUGGGCAGAACCUGCUUCUGUUUUACAUCCUGGGGACGGUGGUGGCCAUCUCACUCUUGCUGGUGCUGGCCCUAGGGAUUCUCAUUUAUCAUAAACGGAGAGCCAAGAAGGAGGAGAUAAAAGAGAAGAAGCCUCAGAAUGCAGCCGACAGCUAUUCCUGGGUUCCAGAGCGAGCAGAGAGCCAAGCCCCGGAGAAUCAGUACAGCCCAACACCAGGGACAGACUGCUGAAGACUAUGUGGCCUUAGAGACAGCUGCCACUACCUUCAGAGCUACCUUCUUAGAUGAGGGGGAAGCCACAUCAUUCUGAAUGACUUGACUGGACUCUCAGCAAAAAAAUUGUGCACCUUCCACUUAAGAACCUGGUGGCUUGGGAUAGGCAGGUAUUUUCUUGGUGCCUUUGAUAUGUCUGGGGGUGAAAGCUGUGUGUUGGUUUGUCAUUGUGGGGAGUUUUGUGGAUAUUGACAGACCUCACUCAAACACCCUUUUCAAAUCCAAUAGCAACUGGUUCCUCUGGUUCCUAAUUAGGGGGAAAGGAGUCAGAGGGGUGGGACAGGGUGGGGGGAUGGGGCUUCAAAGUUUUUUCUUAUCACUUGAUUUAUCAUCGAAGGAGUUACUGGUGCUAAUUACAAUGGAAACAGUUCCUUUCCAUCACAGGACAGACAGCAAACCAAUUUAAAACUACUUAACUAGGUGAGAGUGCUCUACCCUUCCUAUAGGGACUUUUUCAGGAUGGCUGCCUUUGUGUACAUUUGCCUUCUGGCAUUUCCCCUUCACGUCCCCCCCCCCCCCCCAGCCCCCUUGGUAUUGUUGAAACUGUCAGAAUGAGAGGAAGUUCAACCAACUGCUUAGGGAGUAAGCUGGCAGGAAGUUUAGAUAUUGUAUCCCCUCACUCUUAACUUUCUGAUAGCCUUGGGUUUAUGGGCAAGCAAAGUUACAAGUUGGGAAGUUGCUUCAAGUGAGUGAGAGGUCUUGGUAAAAGCAUAAUCCAGAGGGGGAGGCAGGAGGGGAUUGUUUUAACAGAUAUUUGAAUGAAAAUAUCAGAAUGAACUGAUGCUAACACACACCUGAUUAUUGAGAAACAAUAACAAAACUCCUAGAUUCAUUUGUCUUUGCGCUAGCACAGGCCCCAACUCCACUGCAGGGCACCCUGUCUACCUUUAUACUGUCCCUAACUGGAAGCUGGUACUGUAGGCUCAGAAAGCCUUAGGAGGCUUUCAUUCUGAACGUAAGGAAAGGAUGUGUGAGCCAGGUGAUGGGCUCUAUUUUAAAUGCUCCCAUUUAAGUUUACCUUAGUCCACUUCACAGUUAAAAGUACAUCUGGAGGACUUGAGCCCUAUCUUGUUGGCGUGACACAUACCAAACCAAGGAUUAGUCAUGAAGAAAGUUCUCUCUCUCUCUUUUUUUUUCUUAAAAAAAAAAAAAAGGAGAUAGAGGGGAAAGGGAAAGGGGAAGAGAGAACAGCUAAAAAAUGUCCAGCCUUUAAAACUGCUUAGAGCCAUCUUAUGAUUGACAUGUUUAUUUCAAAGUGUCCAUUUACAAAAGUGUCCCUUAAACUUGCAAAAGUGUCCCUUAAACUUGCUGACGGUAAUGUUGUUUCAGCUGCACAGGUCUGUCUGGGGACUGGAAGGCAUCCCUGGUGAGUCACUUCAGUAUCUCUGGGAGGCUUCAUCUUAGUUGUCUCUGCUGUUUGAAAAGCUGAGACAUGGAAUGUGUCUCCAUCAUGAGAUUCAGAGUCUUUGUUCUCAGACUAGAGAACUUUGGUUUCUAGGAACAAAGGCACCCAUCCCUCAAGUUGAUAUCCAGGAAUCGAACGUUAAUAACAAGCAGAUUCAAGACCUUUGGAAAUAUCUUAGAGAAAUAUAUUAGAGAAAUACCUUUUUUUGGCCAAUUUAAAAUGAAGAUAUUUUUAUUAGUCUCUCUCUCUCCUCCCUCUCUCUCUCUCUCUCUUCUCUCUCUCUCUCUCUCUCUCUCUCUCUCUCUCUCUGAAAACACAAGGUGGAGAGUAAUGGGAAAAAGAUCGGGCUCAGUGGGAUGCCUGAAAUGAGUGCAUUUAAAAAUCAACUCAGCAUCUGGCUUUCAGUUGAAGUUUGGGUGUUUGGAACAGGAUCCCUGGCAAUAACUGAGAUUGGCAGCUAAUCCAUUACCAGCAGACCAGCAUUACCAGCCUUUCAGAUCAUUCAGAUGAAUUUAGAGCCAUGGUAGUAUCUGCAUAUACGGACAUGACCCUAAAAGCAUCACUUUUACCUCCAGGCCUUCAACUGCUCACCUUUAUGGCUGGAGAUGAGGAAGAUAACUGAAUCUAGGCUCCCCACAGCUGUGUUUGAUCUAUGCCCAGGCUGCUGUGUAGGACUUCAACUGACCAGGAUGACUUAGGGGAUAGACAUGAAGCUCCAUUUCCAAUACUCCUAGGGGUACAGGAUCCACUCUGUGGGACCCACAACAGGGAAGGGAAUGAUGAGGAACAUAUUUUCUCAAAGUGUGCUUUCAGCAUGAGCCACUCCCGUGGAGACAGAGCUCUCUCAUCUCCUGACCUGCCAAAGCCUUCAGGAGAACCAUACCUCAUGUGGCAAAGCCAAUGGAGCCACUCACUGUUCCUAAAUGGGUGCUUUAUUUUCACAUAUAUUCUUUUUUUUUUUUUUUUUUGAGACAGGGUUUCUCUGUAUAGCCCUGGCUGUCCUGGAACUCACUCAGUAGACCAGGCUGGCCUCGAACUCAGAAGUCUGCCUGCCUCUGCCUCCCAAGUGCUGGGAUUAAAGGUGUGCGCCACCACUGCCCAGCCUCACAUAUAUUCUUGCUGUCCUCAUACUUGAGACUGGAAAAUUCUGGCUUAGGGCAUCUAAGAGGCAAAGCAAUAAAUAAGUGAACUUCUACUGGACCAAAGGUGUGUUAGGCUAUGCCUUCUCUACCCACGACAUCAGUGAGCAGAGACAGAACACUCCUCUGCCUGUGAGGACCAGAGGAAGUACUACUUGGCAACAGAAUUUUCUUAAGUCCAGACCUGGAAAAACUGUAUUUUGGAGGGGCAUACCUUCAGGCCUCCAGCCUACCCAUUACUGAGUUGUAGGUGGCCAUCACUGUCCUUUGUAUUUUAUGUGGUUCUGGCGAUGGUAGCCAGCACAUGAGUAUGGUAGACACUAGCCUUCCAGGAUCCCUAUACUCCUAGUACCUUGCAUUAUUUUUGUUCAUUAUUAAAGAUAGUCAAAAAGCAAUACCUCCUCACCCCCAGUAAUUUGAGGAGUUAAACAAACAAACAAACAAACAAACUACUCAGAAAGAAGUGCCUGGAGAGAGAGAGAGCCCUAAACACUAUUUGCAAAGGAAGUCUAGCCUCAGUUUUCCCUGGUGUCUAGCAUGGCUUUGAUGCAACCCCAAAUGUAUGCAUUUUCUGGCUUUGGAGACCCACUUAUCAUUAUCAUUACUACCAUCACCACCACCACUACCACCACCGUCACCAUCACUGUCAUCACCAGCUCAGGGUGCUACGCAUCAUCAUGGUGUUUUAUUAAUGACAGUAACUGGAUGAAUCCCACCUGUCUCUAACUGAGAGCAAAAAGGCCAGACAGAAGAGGAGCAGAAAGAAGAGAAGCGGGCUGCUUUCCUUCAGCUUCAUACCCGGGGAAACCGAGUAAGCCUCUGGGAAGGUCUACCCUGAUUCCUUCCCCAGAGCACUGGAUAAUGUGGAAUGAAACACAAAUACUUUUGAGUACAUGUUCACAGUGCAGGGCAAGCUGCCGAGAAAGAACUCUUUACCUCCUCAUCAAGUUUUCCUCCUCUUUGAGUUCCUAACCAUGAGCCUCGCGUGGACUGUUAUCACCAACCAAACUUUCAAUAGGUGGAUGGGAUCACUAGGUCAUUUUGUUCUGCCUCUCUUUUCUCAUAAAUAUUUCUGCCCAAACUAAAGGAACAGAGAUGAGAUUUGACCAAAAAAGGAAAAAAAAAAGAUUACUCCAUUCAAAAUAACAUAUUUUUUGAAAGCAAAUAUAGGAAAGCCUUUUCCUAUUAUUUUUUUUCUUCUUAGCUUCCCCAUUGUCUGAAUUGGGAAAACAGGAAAGCAUUGCUUUCUAGCACCUGCAAAAUGGUUUAAUGCCCCUGCAUAUUUCCAUGUCCUUCCAACAAUAGAUUUAGCAUGGGAAUCUGAAAUAGACGCCCUGAAAACAUCUGUCUCUUCCCCAGCUCCUAAACCCAGGCUUUGAUUAUGUAUGGUUUGUGAAAUCUAUCAUCCAAAACGGGGACAGACACACCUCAAUCCUCCAUGGGGUCAACAACUAUAUACCCCCAGUGACCCCUUAGGCAAGGACUUGUUGAGAACUGCAUCACAUUUUGACCUGUUCUCAACAGUACCCAUCUAUUUCAGGUGGGAUCUCUGGACCUUUCCUCCUUCCCAUCUUGUCUGCAAUGUGGCAAAUGGCUUCUUUUUGCAUUUUUACUCCGCCCCCACCCCAAGCUGAAGUUCAUUUGCAGAUCAGCGAUUAAGUCUGAAUUGUGUGGUGGUCAGUCUUGUUUCCUUUUGUCAGGGGUUAUUGUAAAUGUUAGUAAUUUCGCCUCAAGCCCUCAGUAAGAACAUAAAUAUUUUAAAAUAUGUGCGUUUGAAAUCUGUUUCAUGCAUCCUGGAACUGUGGGAUGCUCAGGCAAGAGUGACUUUAGUCUUUCAGUGAAUGUUGCCCAGAAUGUGGGUAGGGAAGGCUCACAGGUUACUCUCCUCCUUAGAGCUACAACAUAACAUUCUGAGGGGAGUCACAGGGUUGCCUUUAAAAAGUGGGAGCUAUGUCAUGCUUUGAGCUUUCUGUUAAGCACCUCUCCUAAUAAACUCUGAAAAAAUA